UGGAGUCUAUAUUCUUUGAUCGGCUCUGCUGGUUGUCGAUAUGUCGAUCACAAAGGAGACGCAUAAGAAUUCUGGCUUAAAUAUAUAGACCGAUAGUCAAACCACAUUGACCAUCUUUUCAUGCUCAAAAAUCAAAAUUGAAGUUUAGUCCACAUCGGUACCAGAAUCCGGUUCUCUUUAUGCAACUCAAAGGUGAGAUUCAAAACUUCCAUUCUCCAACAGUUUCAGAAAACCCUAGAAACGCUUGAGAAGCUGAUCAAACCCUUAAUUCUGAAUCCCAAAGUUUUUUCAGCUUUCGGCGGGGGAAGUGAAGAAUCAGAAAGAAAGAUGGCAUACGAACUAAGUGAGCAGAAAAAGAUCGGGAUUGGCCUUGUUGGUUUUGGUAUCGCCUUCACAUUUCUAGGUGUACUCCUUUUCUUUGACAGGGGUUUGAUUGCUUUGGGAAAUCUAUUUUUUUUAUCUGGAGUAGUUCUUUUACUCGGGGUGAAGUCUACCUUGAAACUCUUUACAAACAGACAGAACUACAAGGGUUCUUUGCCAUUUAUUGUUGGGCUCUUUUUAAUUUUUGUUCGUUGGCCGAUAGCUGGUAUCAUUAUUGAAAUAUAUGGUGUUAUCGUUCUAUUCAGUGGUUUUUGGCCUUCUGUGAAGGCUUUCCUCUAUAACAUUCCUGUUGUGGGGUGGUUUCUGCAAUAUCCUUUUCUGCUGCUUGAUCGCUUGAGAAGAAGCUUUGGUUAGAAACUACUCAAAUUAUUGAACCUCAUGGUUUGCGAUGCCAAGGUUUCUUAACCGUGAACUGCCUAACUUCAUAAACAACCGCUUGAAGCCGUAUAAGAGAUUAAGCUUACCUCAUGCAUUUCUUAAAUCUCAAUUUGAGCUUUAUGUCAAAUGAAAGCAAUUGUCCUGUAGCCACAUGUAUGUUUCUGUUUUUGCAUGCUGACCACUAUUGUAAACACGUGGAUACUUGAGAUUUGCAUGUGGAGCAAACAGUUUAAUAUUUAAGUGUGUGUGAAUGUUGUUUUUCUGAAAAGUGACACCAAGCCAGCAGUUUAUAAUUUGUCUGCUCUUCUGAUA